AGCACUGAAGGUGAGCGAGAAGAGUUCGCUCGGCAAAGAAUCUCUCGGCAACUUCGCCUUCAAAGCUACCCGGACGCUGCGCAACAAUGCAAUAUAAUCUAAACCUUCCUCCGGAGUGCGGCGACAAAACCUACUCCCUUCGUAGCUCGUUCAGCGCCAAUCUCCAUGGCCGCAGCUGGGACAAAUCCUGGAGCUCCUUCCUCCCCCCCCCCUACAAUAUGAAUUGCCUUGUUAAUGCUGCGUGUCCUCUGAUUUGCUCCGGCAAACGUAGAGGACGAGGCUGGUGAAGGCCUGGGGAACAGCGAAGGUGGAGACGCAGCGAAGCAAACAAGGCCGAAGAAGAAGAAGAAGAAGAAAAAACGAGCGUUUGGCUUGUGGACAAGGCCAGUUUCAGUGAAAAUAAGAUGCAGACGCCAAAACCAAGGAGUGGAUCAUCAGAAGUUCCUCAAAGAACAUCUCCAAUCACCCCUCGAACUCGUACAGCCAAGUCUGGUGAUAAUGAAUGUAACUCUGCCACUUCAGCUACGUCAACAAGGACCUCAACUGAGAGGAGUCCCAAGGUGAUUAUGCGUCGAUCACCUAGAAGCCCAGUGACUGAGAAGAAGCAUCCUACCAGGUUGUCUGAAUUGGAAACUCAGAUCUGUCAGCUCAAAGAGGAUGCGAAGAAGACAAGAGAACAACUUAGUUCAUCCGAAACAUGUAAGAAACGAGUGCAGCAAGAAGCAGAAGAGGCCAAGAAGCAGCUUGAGGACAUGUCAGCAAAGCUAGAUGAUUCUCAACGCCAACUUGUCGAGUUUUCAGCUGCAGAAGAAGCUCGGCUGCAGGAACUCCGAAAAAUUUCUCAGGAGCGUGAUCGUGCAUGGCAGUCAGAGUUGGAAGCAAUCCAAAAACAGCAUACUGUUGACACAGCAGCUUUGGGCUCUGCCAUGAAUGAGAUACAGACGCUGAAAGUGCAGCUUGAGGUGGUUCUCAAAGCCGAAGCUGCUUAUCUAAAACAGUCUGAGACAGCAAGCACUGAGCUUCAGGUUUUGAAGCAAGAAAUGACAGAGACACUUGCUACUGUUGAAAGCCUGAAGGUUCAGCUUAGAGAUAGGAAGAAAUCGGAGGCCGAGGCACGUGCACUGUUUGAUGAGACUUGCAGGCAAUUAGAGAUGUCUAAGACCACUAUCGAGACUCUACGUUCUGAAGGGUCAACACUCGAGGAAUCCUUCAGUGUCAAGGCCUCUGACUUUGAAGAAUCUAGGACUAAAGUCGAUUCACUGGAAGAAGUGAAGAAUUCGAUCACCAAUAAGUAUAAUGAGGAAGUUCACUGUGGCAAAUCUUCAGAGAAAGCAGCAGGUAAUCCUUUGGUAACAGAAGUAGAACUAAGAUCUGCACUUGAAGCUGCUGAAAUCAAGUAUCAGGCAGACCAAAUCCAAAGCACAAUGCAGGUCCGGUCUGCUUAUGAGUUAAUGGAGCGUGUGAAGAGUGAUUGUGGAGUCAAAGAAACUGAACUCAAAAUUGCAUUGAGCAAUGCAAAAACAGAGAUUGCUGAGCUUAAGGCAAAACUAGUUGAUAAGGAAGCAGAGCAUCAGCAGAUAGCAGAUAACAAAGAACUGAGUGCGGAUGAUGGAGAAGUUCGGGGAGCACAAUUGCUAUCCGAAUUGGAGUCGAAGUUUAUGAAAUCUACUAAUGAUAUUGCAGAGCUGAAGGCCAACCUCAUGGACAAGGAGACCGAGCUGCAGAACAUUUUGGAGGAGAAUGAGAUGCUGAAAUCUGAAAUGUCAAAGAGGGAAGUGGAGAAUCGUAGAAGUUCUGAAGCAAUGAUUGCCGAGCUGGAGUUGUCCAAGGCUGCGGAGCAGGACGCACUUAUAAGGCUGGGAUACGUCACUGAAGAAUCUGAUAAGAACAGCAGGAGGGCCGCGAGAGUGACCGAGCAACUUGAUGCAGCUCAAGCAGUGAAUUCGCAGAUGGAAUCUGAGCUGAAGAGGUUGAGGAUACAGUGUGACCAGUGGAGGAAGGCAGCUGAAGCAGCGGCAAGUAUUCUUAGUUCCAGUAACAAUGGAGGAAACAUGGAAAGGACUGGUUCACUAGAUUCUGACUAUAAUUCGAUUGCCGGGAAGUUGAUGAGCUCACCAUUUUCUGACGACCUGAAUGAAGAAUCACCCAAGAAGAAGAACAGUAAUGUGCUAAGGAAGAUUGGUGGCCUGUGGAAGAAGAGCCAGAAGUGACUAUUCGGUUAUGGCAUGGUGUUUUGCUAUCAAAUUAUGGCACUGCGCAAAGAUGGGUGUUAUGAAACGGCCUCAAGUUUAGUUUGUUUUUACAUUGCACUCUUUUAGCUUUCUUGAUGGUACUUUUAGACUACUUGGGAGGAUGCUACUUUUGUGGAGCAUUUAGUUCUGUUUUUUUGAACAGGAUCUAUCAUAUCUUAGUCUUUGAUUGAGGCAGAUGAUUAAACUUGA